AUGGCGGAAGGAGAUGGGACGGAGAAGAAGUCGAGGUAUGAUUCCAAAAACCAAACCCCCAAGGACGCGACGACCUGAUCCAACGGCUAAUUCGUCUCCCCACAGAUUCUCGAGCGCUCCCCUCACAAUCAUCGUCGGCCCACCGGACGCGCAACAGACCUUCUACGUGCACGCGGCCUGGAUCCAGCAGAAAUCCGCCUUCUUCCACGCCGCCUUCGACCGCAAAUGGCAAGAAGCGCAGUCCCGCCAGCUCGAACUGCCCGAGGACAUCCCCGAGGUGGUCGCCGCCUACCUCGAAUGGAUCUACUUCGCAGCGCUCCCGUCCCACUCCAAUAUCGGCCUGACGCAGGCCGAGCUGCCGCGCCACUACCGCCUGCUGGCGCAGCUGUACGUCUUCGCCGAGAAGAUCCAGGACGACGCGUGCUGCAACCGCGUGCUGGCGUCGUUCGCGCAGCGCUGCGAGGAGCCCGUCUUGGCGGGUACCCCCGUGCUCUUCACGUACGAGACGCUGCGCAUCAUCUACGCGGGCACGCCGCCUGCGUCGCCGAUCCGGCGCUUCUUCGUCGAUGUGGCGUCUGAAUCCGGACAUGCUACGUUCAGUCGCGACGCGGACGCGUAUCCGCGUGAGUUCCUCGUCGAGCUGACGUAUAGUCUGCUGGUGAGGUGCCCGCAGCCGAAAGUCGGGAACUACUUUUUGGAACGCGAGAAGUGGUACAAGAAGCGUGGCGAUGGGGAUCAGGCGAAGUAG